AUGGCGACAUACAUCCAGUGCUAUUUGCUAUCUUUACGACCAGCUAGACCAUUCAAAUUACCAAAAAGUUAUGCAGCCCUGAUAGCUGACUGGCCUGUGGUGGUUCUAGGCAUGUGUACUGUGUUAAUAGUGGUGUGUGCAUUGGUUGGCAUAUUAGUUCCAGAUCUUCCAGACUUCUCUGAUCCUUUGCUAUUGGACAAUCUGAAGUCUACAAUUCAACGGAAGAAGCAAAAUGGAUUUGCUCGCAGUAAAAUGAAGACGUGGAUGAAAUCCUGUGCUGAUGAGAUUGCCAUCUCCCUACAUGAGAAUGAGCCAGAGUAUGAGCUAGACGGACUCCCAGAUGUGGUGAAAAAAGACUGAAAUGAUGGAGCAAACCAUGGAAAGACUACAAAAAUGGCAAAGAGAAGUUGAAAUUAAUCGUCGCUCCUUAGAAGAG